UGUUCUCUAGAUGAAAGAGAGCCCCUUUGUGGGGCUGUAGCCUCUCCUUGCCACCUGGGAUGGGCACGGCUUCACAUGCCCCCAGUGAAUUGUUUUAACAGCCAUCUGCUUCUGAGCAUUGUUCAACCUGGCAGGAUCCUCAGAACUAGGAGGUAGACAGAAUCCUGUGAAGCCCACAUCUGGUGGUGUAGAACUCCUGGGCUCCUCUGACCCCAAGCCUCCUGCCCUCUGCCACGGGCAACCUGUACUGUGAGCCUCACCGAGUUGCUUUUGUAUGGACAGACAGAGGCUUCUCCAUCGAUUGCAGCCAUGAACUUCCUCCGGAGACGUCUGUCCGACAGCAGCUUUGUAGCCAACCUGCCCAAUGGCUACAUGCCAGACCUGCAGCGCCCAGAGAGCUCCAGUAGCUCCCCAGCAUCCCCAGCCACCGAGAGGAGGCACCCCCAGCCCCUGGCUGCCUCUUUCUCUUCUCCAGGAUCCAGCCUGUUCAGCUCCUUCUCCAGUGCCAUGAAACAGACCCCACAGGCCCCCUCGGGGUUAAUGGAACCACCAACUCCUGUCACCCCCGUGGUUCAGAGACCCAGGAUCUUGUUGGUGAUUGAUGAUGCCCACACAGACUGGUCAAAGUAUUUCCAUGGGAAGAAAGUGAAUGGUGACAUUGAGAUCCGAGUGGAGCAGGCUGAGUUCUCUGAGCUGAACCUGGCUGCUUAUGUUACCGGGGGCUGCAUGGUAGACAUGCAAGUUGUGAGAAAUGGCACCAAAAUUGUGAGGUCCUUCAAACCGGACUUCAUCCUGGUCCGACAGCAUGCCUACAGCAUGGCCUUGGCUGAGGACUACCGCAGCCUGGUCAUUGGCCUUCAGUAUGGAGGGCUUCCUGCUGUCAACUCUCUAUACUCCGUGUACAACUUCUGCAGCAAACCCUGGGUGUUCUCUCAGCUCAUUAAGAUCUUCCAUUCUUUGGGUCCUGAGAAGUUUCCUCUUGUGGAGCAAACAUUUUUCCCCAACCACAAGCCAAUGCUCACAGCCCCGCACUUCCCCGUGGUGAUCAAGCUGGGACAUGCCCAUGCUGGCAUGGGAAAGAUCAAAGUAGAAAACCAGCAUGACUACCAGGACAUCACCAGUGUGGUGGCCAUGGCCAAAACCUAUGCCACCACCGAAGCCUUUAUCGACUCCAAGUAUGACAUUCGCAUCCAGAAGAUUGGAUCCAACUAUAAGGCAUACAUGAGAACCUCCAUCUCUGGAAACUGGAAGGCCAAUACUGGCUCUGCCAUGCUGGAGCAGGUGGCCAUGACAGAGAGGUACAGGCUAUGGGUGGACAGCUGCUCAGAAAUGUUCGGCGGCCUAGACAUAUGUGCUGUCAAGGCUGUCCACAGCAAGGAUGGCAGAGAUUAUAUCAUCGAGGUCAUGGGUAGCUCAAUGCCCCUGAUCGGAGAGCACGUGGAGGAGGACAAGCAGGUAAUGGCCGACCUUGUUGUCUCCAAGAUGAGCCAACUCCUGGUGCCAGGCAGCAUGGUGCCCUCACCCCUGAGACCUUGGGGUCCACAAACUAAACUCGCAAAAUCCCCAGGGCAAGGUCAGCUGGGUCCUCAGCUGGGACAGCCACAGCCAAGGCCACCUCCGCAAGGCGGCUCUCGUCAAGCUCAGUCUCCUCAGCCUCCCAGAUCUAGAAGUCCAUCCCAACAGAGGCUUUCCCCACAGGGCCAACAGCCUGUGAGCCCUCAAUCAGGCUCUCCACAGCAGCAAAGGUCUCCAGGUUCUCCACAGCUAUCCCGGACAUCUGGUGGCAGUUCUCCAAACCAGGCCUCCAAGCCAAGUGCCAGCCUUGGCUCACAUCCCCGGCCACCUGUGCAGGGCCGCAGCACCUCCCAGCAGGGUGAAGAGCCCCAAAAGUCAGCCCCGCCUUACCCCCACCUCAACAAAUCUCAGUCCCUGACGAACAGCCUCAGCACAUCAGAUGCCUCCAAUCGAGGGACCCCAAGUGAAGAUGAGGCCAAGGCCGAGACCAUCCGCAACCUGAGGAAGUCCUUUGCCAGCCUCUUCUCCGACUAGCCCCACCUAACCUGGAGGGCAGGAAGACUCAGUGACUGGAGCCUCUCUCUGGUUCCCUCCUUCUCAGCCUUGGUUUCUGGUGGAAACACGCCUUCCUAGAUGCCUCUGACCCAGGAACUGAUGAUCUAUAUGCAUUCCCACCUCCUUGACCAUGACAUUCCAAUGUUGUCUGACUGAGCUGUAGCCUUGAGAGCCCCUGGGUUCUCUCCACGGGCCUUCUAGACAGACAAGGCAUCACUACACCCACAACAUGCUUGCUCCCCUGCCACUGGUACCCAGUGAGAUGUCUACGUGGCUCAUUUUUGCAUUCUUAUUAGCGUUUUGCUUGCCUUUGGGCAGAGGCCCUCUUCAAGGCCUUGACUCUCCUCCAUCAAGUGCAGACGUUGUAGUCGGACCUCAGCAACAUAAGAGGCAAUACUUUUUAAUGGUAUUUUUACAAACAGAAAUAGGGAAGCCCAGCCCAAUGUCUACUACAUACCUAAAGCAAGCUAGUGUCAUCCUUGCUGGGAGCAGGCUGACAAAGGCCCAUCUCAGCUGGCCCUCACAGGAGCCUCGAUGCCAACAGAAAGAAGCUAGACCCUAUGCAACAAGUGGGCCUUUCAGAAUAGAACAGAGGGAACCCCACAUAAUGCUACCCAUGCUUAGAGCCAACUGCAAGAAUCCAGAGGAGAGAGCCUGUUUUUUCCUCCUUAAGGCUAGAUGGGAAACCAGAGAGAGUGGAUAGCUGCCUGUUACAGGAUGAGAAGACAUGGUGAUGGAGUCUAUAUGGUUCGGCAUUUUACCUGUGUCAAUAGGCCACUCAAUUUCUAAAAGGUCUCUGGUGAGAGAGCCUUCAGAAAUAGUGUGUGUGUUUCUCUUUAGGAGACACAGAAUACAGAACACAUUGAGGCCUUUUGGAAUUUCUUCCAGAAAAAGUUCCACCCCAACCUUGUUUCAGUCAUUAUGAUGAAGACAGUUCACCGCCAAGCUAGGCAAAGUGGUCCUGACUCUCCCUCCAGUGUUCCUUUGCUCUUUCCCCAACAUCAGACCGUCUCCCAAAUCACAUCACCAAGCACCUGGUGCUAGAAACGCUGUAGGUGCCAGAACAGUGUCCUGGUCCCAAGACGAGCCAGGACAUCAGAACACAGCCAUGAGUAUCUGUACAGCCUGCGGUGUGCCUUCCCUGCACAGUGUGAGGGAGGGAAGUUCCUAACUACACAGCUUCUGCUUCUGCUCGAGUUCUGCAAUUGUGUGGUGAUCAUCCAAGGCUUUUCUAAGUCUCCAGGAGUAUAGAAGCAGUCACUGUAGUUUCUGGGGAGUUUUCUGCUUGUUUUCUUGAAACAGACUCAUUCAGCAACUCAGGCUGGCCUAAAACUUACAUAGCCCAUGCAAGUCUCAAACUCAUGGU